AUGGCUACUGCCGUUGCGCUCGACACCAGCAUGGGCACUGUCACGGUCGAGCUCUACACAGACCACGCCCCACGCACCUGUCGCAACUUUGCCACGCUGGCCCAACGCGGCUACUACGACGGCACCAUCUUCCACCGCGUCAUUCCCGACUUUAUGGUCCAGGGCGGCGACCCGACCGGCACCGGACGUGGCGGCGAGUCCAUCUACGGCAAGACCUUUGCCGACGAGCUGGCCGCCACCUCAUCGCCGCUCAAGCACACCGGCGCCGGCAUCCUCAGCAUGGCCAACGCCGGCCCCAACACCAACGGCAGCCAGUUUUUCUUGACACUGGCCCCGACGCCGUGGCUCGACGGCAAGCACACCAUCUUUGGUCGCGUGCGGUCUGGUCUCUCGGUGCUUCGUCGCAUGGGACAGGUCCAGACCGGCAAGGAUGACCGGCCGUCGGAGCCGCUGCGGCUGGUCCGGGCGCGUGUGCUGGACGAGCACUCGGACAACGGCGGCGCGUGA